CCCCCCGGCCCGCCCCUGCCGUGCCUAUCCCGGGCGGCGCGCUCCCCGCCACUGCCCGCUGCGCUCCCGCCGCCGCCGCCCCCCACCAUGCCGUCGCAGAUGGAGCACGCCAUGGAGACCCUCAUGUUCACCUUCCAUAAGUACGCGGGGGACAAGAACCACCUCGGCAAGGAGGACCUGCGGGCGCUCAUGGAGAAGGAGUUCCCCGGCUUCUUGGAGAACCAGCGGGACCCGAUGGCGCUGGAUAAGAUCAUGAAGGACCUGGACCAGUGCCGGGAUGGCAAAGUUGGCUUCCAGGGCUUCUUCUCGCUGGUGGCCGGGCUCACCAUCGCCUGCAACGACUACUUCGUGCUGCACAUGAAGCAGAAGGGCCGGAAGUGAGGGCGGCACCCAUGGGUGCUGCUGCCCCCUCCCAACACCCAGCGGUUCUGCCCCCCCCCCCCCCCCCCCUUCCCCAAACACCCAUGGGUUCUACCCAAACCCCACGUCCCUUAGGUGCUGCCUCGCCACCCAUGGGUUCUAUCCAAACACCCCAUGGGUGCUGCCCCCCGACCCAUGGGUGCUGCCGCCCCCCCGCUGCCCCCCCCCCCAAAUAAAGCUGUUUUGUACUACGCUGGA